AUGAAUAAGAAAGUGUGUGAAAGCUUUCAGAGUGUAUGGGAUGAUUUUCCCGAUAAAUUGACCAAUAGUAAUGAAUAUCAUGAAUUUAAUGAUAGUAGUUUUUUAAAUGGUUAUUGUUUUAAAGAUAAAUGUGGUCGUGGUCACCCUCUCGACAAAAUUAAUGCUGGAUGUUUAUUUUUGUUUAAUAAAUUCUUUGGGAGUUCUGGUGUGUUUAAUAAUAAUGCAAAAAGUAAUAUCAAUGCUGUUGAAUACAUUAUCAUAUGGUUAAGUCAUAUGUUAAACCUAAAGGAUAAAGAAGGAAACAUUCUAAAAAAUUUUUAUGAUAUAUAUAUAAAAAACCAAGAAAAGUAUAAAAAUACUAUAGAUGGUGUUGAUGGUUGUAAAAAUUAUAAUGAUCUUAUAUAUACAAAAAAUGAAUUGAUGAAUAUUACUAAUGAAAAAUUGUCUAAAUUGUAUGGUCCAUUUAAAUCAUUAUGUAACAUGUAUAAUGAAUUUAACGAAACGAAACCAAAUUGUGAUAAAUGUUUAGAAAAUGCUAAAGAAUUUGUUAAAAAAUAUAAUGAAUUUAAUGAAGGUCCUAAUAAUAUUGAUAACAUUUCUUAUAGACAAGUAUUGUGUACUUUAUCAAAUGAUUAUGAUAAUUUUAAAAAGAAAUAUAGUGAUGUUAAAUGUUCCAAUUUAUCCUUCCCAGCGAUAGAAAAACCAAAAAAUUGUGUACAAAGUUUUGAACAAACUUCUCAACUAAUUUCUACACAAACUUCUGAAGAUGCACCAUCAAGUUCAUCGAUAGGAAACAAAUUAUUUAUAGUUUUGUCAAUAUUUGGUGCAAUAGCAUUUUUUUUAGGAAUUUCUUAUAAGUAUUCGCUAUUUGGAUUUCGGAAACGAGUUCAAAAACAAUAUUUAAGAGAAAAAAUAAAAAAUAUAAAGAAGAGAAUGAAUCAUUAA